AUGAAAGACAAUCCUGCAAACAGAGUUUUGGAGGGGCUAGGUGAACUGGAUGAACCCUUUUCCAUAACUCUCAACCCUGGGGUCAAGCCCAUACAAGCCGCUCCUCACCGUUAUGCUGCCCCCAAACUUCCCAUCAUCAAAGAGGCUUUGGACAAACUUGUCAACACAGGACAGUUGAUUCCGGUAAACAAACCCACACCGUGGAUCUCAAAUAUGGUGGUUCGUGAGCGCCCAGCCUCUGCAACAAAACCUGCUAAAGUUCGCAUUUGCCUAGACCCAUCUCAAACAAUCAACAAAGCCAUCAUCAGACCAGUGUACCCCAUCCCGACUUUAGAGGAAAACAUUCACCGCUUUCACCAAGCCAAGAUUUCCUCCACUUUUGAUAUCAAGGAUGCAUUCGAAAUAAUCAAAUUAUCUGAUGUGUCCUCCUUUCUGACCACUAUGCACACUCACUGGGGAAGGUACCGCUGGACUAGACUUCCCUUUGGUAUCAUAUCCGCCCCUGAACAGUUCCAACGUCGUCUCCACGAUAUUCUUUGUGGUAUGGAAGGUGUCUUCAAUAUUGCUGAUGACAUUAUUGUGGUUGGCCGUGGUGAAUCCCUAACUGAUGCACAUGAUGAUCAUGACCAGACAGUUCUAGAACUCCUGGAACGUCUCUCUCAACACAAUCUUAAACUUAAUCCUGACAAGAUUAAGUUCAAAACAUGUACUGCACCAUUUAUGGGACAUGUGCUUAGCCCGGAGAGGCUCAAACCUAGCACUGUCUCAACCUCAGGACAAGACUGCCACCCGACGCUUUCUGGACACCAUAACCUACCUGUCCAAGCUCCUGUGAUUCUGCAAGUUGAUGCGUCUGAAUAUGGUCUUGGUGCAGCUCUACUUCAGCCUAUGAACCAUCCCAACAAAGCAACUGACGUCCACUGGCAACCUGUUGCUUUUAGCUCUAGUUCUCUCAGCGCAACUGAACAGCGCUAUGCGCUGAUCGAGACAGAAACACUAGCCAUUGUGCAUGCCUUCCGCAAGGAUCUUCACUUUGCUGACGCCCUUUCCCGUGCGCCACUUCCAGACACAACACAUGCAGGAGUCCAUGAUGAAUUGGUCUACCGCGUGGAGUUUGAAGAAAACAACCCAGAACUUUCAGGUUUCCGAGAUGCUAUUGUACAGGAAAUCAGGGCUGAAGCCAGCACAGAUCCUGAACAGAAAGCCCUUCGCACCUUCAUUGAGACAGGAUGGCCAAACGACAAAGCUUCAGUACCGGUCCUUGUGCAUCCAUAUUGGUCUCUUCGUCACGAACUUACCAUACACGAAGGACUCCUAUUCAAACAAGAUCGUGUCGUCAUACCUUCUUCGCUUCGAUCAAACAUUGUUCACAAGCUUCAUGCAGUUCACCGUGGUGUCGAGUUUACCCUCCGACACGCUCGUACCUGUGUGUUCUGGCCAGGGCUUAACAGCCAAAUUGAAGACAUCUGCAAGAACUGUGCUACUUGUGCACAACAUGCCCAGCAACAUCCUCGAGAACCACUUAAGCCUUACCCAGUGCCUACACUACUCUGGCAACUGGUCUCUCAGAACCUGUUUGCACUCAACGGUUGUGCCUAUUUAGUCACUGUAGACCAUUACAGUGACUAUUACGAACUUGAUCGACUUCCUUCUAUCCAGCAGGGUUCUCCUUAUCAGGCGUCUACCACCACUUUAGAUCCACGCACCCCUCCACGGGACAUUGUAGUGCUUGAGCACAUUCACUGCAAAUCACAGCAAAAGAAAGCAUAUGACAAGCGUGCUGGACCACCACUUCCCAAACUACUUCCUGAGUCCUAUGUGUAUGCCAAACCACCACCAACUUCAUCAGCCAAGGCUUGGAUCCCUGGAGAGAUAGUGGGUCCUGCUGGACCACGAUCUUACCUUAUACAGACUGGCACCUCACAAAUCAGAGGAAAUCGGGUUCAGUUGCAGCUUGCCCCCUCUCAAUGA